AUGCCACCUCCGAGGGAGAUUCCGGGGUUUUACUAUGAUGAGGUCAAGAGGAAGUACUUCAAGAUUGAGGAUAGCAAAAGGACGGUGUUGCCUGGCGGGGCGGCUGCUUGGGGGAGCGAAGGGGAGGUGAAGAGGCGGAGGAAGGAGGUGGAGAGGGAAAAGGGGGAGAGGGAGUGGAAGGAGAGGGUGAGGAGGGAGAGGGUUAGGAGGGUUGAUGUUGGUUGGGUGUUGGGGAGGGAGACUGGGCGGGAAGGGGAUGAUGGGAUUGUGAAGGAGUGGGCUGGGGGGUUGGAGGAUAGGGGGAAGAUCAAGAUGUGGGUUAAUCUGGAGGAGGACGGGGGGGUGAUUGAUUGUUUUUAUGUAGCUGGGCAGAGGGAGGCGCAGAAGGAGGGGAGGAAGGAGGGGGAGGAUGGGUGGGAGAAGGAGGAGGAUGAGGUUGGUGAGGAGUCGGUGUGGGUUUUUGCUGUCUUGCACAGUGGCGGCCUCAUAACCACACUACGUAAUAACUACAUCAACGCUGGAGACUGGUCGCCUGAAGAGACCGGGGCCAGACUUGUUUUGGGAACCCAGCGUGGCGUGUAUUGUGCCCGAGGUCCUGGUGCGACUGCUGCCACGACUGAAAUGGACACCAGGCGUCGACCAGCGAAACUUGUGCCGCCUUUUCGGGGCGAUGUACUCGCGGUUGACUUUCUUCAUGCGCAGCCUCAAGUGGUCCUCGCCGGCACUCGUUCAGGUCACGUUUGUCAACUCGAUACGCGGACGGCGCCGGAAGCAUGGGAUUCGAUGGUUUUCCGCCACAAGAGCAGCGUGGCACAUCUCAGGGCCGUCGGUGGCUUUGAUGUCCUCGCUGCGGGACCAAAGAACGCGAUGUGCAUCUAUGAUCUUCGCUUUGUGAAAGCGAAGGAGCAGAAGGCGGGCGAGAAGCCGUUUGAGCCCUGGGAGCGAAACACUGCGGCUCCGGCGGUGGAGUUUCCUGGCUAUCGCAACGAGGCACAUAUCAAGAUUGGGCUGGAUGUGCUUACGCAGCCGGGGUAUGGACAUGGUGUUGUUGCGGCUGCUCAUGAUGAUUGCACGGUUGGACUGUACUCGCUACGGGAUGGAUCGAGGAUGCCAUCGGGGGAUGUGGACAAGAGUAAGGCGCCGGGGGUGGUGAAGGCCAUCCAGUUCCAGACGGUGGCUUUUGAUCAGCAUCCCAGUUUGUUUGUUGGCCUUGGAUCGGUUAUUCAAAAGUUUUCUUAUUGAUACCCUUACUUUUUAGUUGCUUUGGCAUUGGUAGGCAGGCGUGUGUAGAAAAGAACCGAAUAACUGAACAUGUUUAGCAU